CGCUGGGAACCCUAUUUUCCACUUUGUCACGGCAUCGCACGAAGACUUUCAUUUUGCUCGUGAAAAUAUUAAAUUUUAUAAUCUUCUCGUGUAUAUUUUCGAGUGCGUACGCGAUUAUAAACUUGCUCAAUUGCGCUAUAAAUCAUCGUUCUCUGUGAUAGGAUUUUCUUUAGGAAACUAGAAAUGACGGAACAGCAAAUGGAUUGUGCGUUGGAUCUGAUGAGGCGACUUCCUCCUCAGCAGAUUGAGAAGAAUUUGAUCGACCUGAUAGACCUGGCUCCGGCCUUAUGCGAGGACCUGUUGACAUCGGUGGAUCAGCCGCUGAAAAUUGCGAAAGACAAGGAAACGGGCAAAGAUUAUUUGUUGUGCGAUUACAACCGCGAUGGUGACUCAUACCGCUGCCCGUGGACGAACACUUACGACCCGCCGCUGGAGGAUGGCUCGAUGCCAUCGGAACGGCUGCGGAAGCUGGAAAUCGAAGCGAAUCACGCCUUCGAUCAGUACCGCGAGAUGUACUACGAGGGAGGCGUAUCGUCCGCAUAUCUGUGGGAUUUGGACCACGGCUUCGCGGGGGUGAUUCUGAUUAAGAAGGCCGGAGAGGGCAAUCAGAAGACCAAAGGAUGCUGGGACUCGAUCCAUGUGGUUGAGGUGCAGGAGAAAAGCUCCGGGAGGACGGCCCACUACAAGCUGACGUCGACGGCGAUGCUGUGGCUGCAAACCCACAAGCAGGGAUCGGGAACUAUCAAUCUGGGCGGGAGUCUGACACGGCAGGUGGAACAAGACGCCCCGGUGAGCGAAAGCAGUCCCCACAUCGCCAACAUUGGCCGCCUGGUGGAGGACAUGGAGAACAAAAUUCGCAACACGCUGAACGAGAUCUACUUUGGCAAGACUAAGGACAUCGUCAACGGGCUGAGAAGCAUCCAGAAGCUGGCCGACACGAACCAGCAGGCGUCGAUGAAGAAGGAACUGGCGGCGGCACUUUUACGACGAACCGGCAAGGGAGAGAACUGAAUUGUGAAAACCAACUGAAGUCAUCGUCAUGAGCUACACAAAACUAUAUUUUGAUGCUGUUGCUGUGCUGUUGCUCGCUUUGCGCAAAGCGAAAUUACCCGAGAAACUCUCUUAUUGCGAAACACGAAAAGAACGAAAACUAUCCGACGGAUGGAUGGGAUGGCCAAUGACGAUGUUUGUAAUAAUGCUAAGUUUAGGAAAUAAACAAUAUUUUAAUGGUGUUAAGUAUAGUAAAAACUUCAGGUUUUUCCCAAGCUUUUUUGUUUUGAAUCCUAACAUAACGAGAAUUUAAGUACGUAGAUUGUGUAUACCUUUACCUUGAUUUAGUUUUUUUGCACAAAUAGCUUCCACAAAUUAUUUUGUUUCUAGAAAUCGAAAAUAAUAAAUAAAUAUAUGAUUUACCUAA